UUGAACCUCUCAAUUUUCUUUAAUUUCUUUCACAUUCAACACCGUUCGCAUCUACCACUUUCCAACCUUUCCUUCGCCACCCAAACCACUCCCCGAUUUUCUGCAACUUUUUUUCCCAGGUUCAAUGGAUGUUGAUGAUGACAACAGUCCAGCUUCAAUCGCUGUUCCUGAUGGCAAAACCACGGUGUCUACAGAUGAUAAUACGCCAAUUCAGCCUAUGGCUCCGCCUGUGGUCACACCUGCAGCUGUGCCAUCUAUUGCUCCAAUACCUGCAGUUCCUCCUCCCCUGGCUGUCAACCCAUUGGCAUCUCUCCCAGGUCGCCCUCCCGUCCUUAAGCCACCUGUGUCUCAAAAUGGUGAGGUGAAAACUGGUGAUUCAGACUCUGACCAUGAGGAUGAUGGGCGAGCUACUGGUGGGGAAUAUGAGAUCUCAGAAGAGAGCAGACUGGUUAGAGAGCGGCAAGAAAAGGCAAUGCAAGAUCUUCUGAUGAAACGACGUGCUGCUGCGCUAGCAGUGCCCACUAAUGACAUGGCUGUCCGUACUCGACUUCGCCGGCUUGGUGAACCUAUAACUCUUUUUGGAGAAAGAGAGAUGGAAAGGAGGGAAAGGCUGCGAAUGAUUAUGGCGAAGCUGGAUGCUGAGGGGCAAUUGGACAAGUUAAUGAAAGCUCAUGAGGAGGAAGAGGCUGCAAUUUCUGCUAAGGCAGAGGACAUUGAAGAAGACAUCGAAUAUCCCUUUUAUACUUAUGGUCCAAAAGAGCUUUUGGAUGCUAGGAUUGAUAUUGCAAAGUACUCUAUUGUAAAGGCAGCUGCACGUCUUCAACGUGCCCAGAGAAAAAGGGAUGAUCCAGAUGAAGAUAUCGAUGCUGAAAUUGAUUGGGCUCUAAGGCAGGCGGGGAAUUUGGCUCUUGAUUGCAGUGAAAUUGGAGACGAUAGACCACUUUCGGGUUGUUCUUUCUCUUGUGAUGGAAAACUUCUAGCCACCUGCUCUUUGAGUGGAGUUGCUAAGUUGUGGUCAAUGCCUAGGCUAAGCAAGGUUUCUGCAUUAAAGGGUCACACAGAACGUGCAACGGAUGUUACAUUUUCUCCUGUGCAUGAUCAUUUAGCAACUGCUUCUGCUGACCGAACAGCAAAGUUAUGGAGCCCUGAUGGAUCUCUCUUGAAGACAUUUGAGGGUCAUUUGGAUCGCCUUGCACGUAUUGCCUUCCAUCCUUCAGGGAAGUACCUUGGUACGACAAGCUUUGAUAAAACAUGGAGACUGUGGGACAUAGAUAGUGGUGUGGAGUUGCUUCUCCAAGAAGGUCACAGUAGGAGUGUCUAUGGAAUUGCCUUCCAUCAAGAUGGAUCUUUAGUAGCAUCCUGUGGACUUGAUGCACUUACUCGUGUUUGGGAUCUUCGCACUGGGAAAAGUAUUCUUGCUUUGGAAGGCCACGUGAAGCCAGUUCUUGGUGCUAGUUUUUCACCUAAUGGCUAUCAUUUAGCCACAGGCGGUGAAGAUAAUACUUGCCGCAUAUGGGAUUUGAGGAAGAAAAAGUCUCUGUACACCAUACCCGCCCAUUCAAAUCUUAUAUCACAAGUGAAGUUUGAGCCUCAAGAGGGAUAUUACCUGGUCACAUCUUCUUAUGACAUGACUGCAAAGGUUUGGUCUGGAAGAGAUUUUAAGCCCGUUAAAAGCUUACCUGGCCAUGAAGCAAAAGUCACCGCUUCAGAUAUUAGCGAAGAUGGGCGAUAUUUUGUGACAGUCUCUCAUGAUCGAACUAUAAAGCUAUGGACUGCAGGUAACAUUGAAAAGGAAAAUGAUAUGGAUUUGGACUGAGGGUAGCUUUUCAACCGUUGAUAUGGUAAGAUCUUCUAAUACCUUAUUUGGAGAAGUUUAGUAGGUGGUUUCUCUGGUGCUGCUGUUAAAAAUAAUUUUGAAUUCAGAU